AUGACAACCGGAUUCUCUAGUAGCCCCAUUGAAGUCCCAAGACCUUGCAUGAUCCCGGAGGUUGAAGGACUCGACAACAUUUGUCUUGAUACAGAUUCAGAAAAAGGAAAAGAAGUUGAGCUUAAAAGACGCAGUAAAGCAACAACAAUGCCGUGGACACAUGAGAAGGAUGUUUUACUAUGUCAAGAUUUUGUACCAUCUCAUGUGAUCCGGUCAUUGGCGCUCAACAAACAUCUGAAGACAUCUCGAGGAGGAAAGAAAGCUAGAAUAUCUGACAUUGGGGAUCACACUUCUGGUUCUAGGCAAGAUAUUGAGCCUAGCGGUGAUGUUGAGGACAUGUAUGUGCGUCGACCAAUUGGCCAAAAAGCAGCAAAGGCGCGGAAGAGAAAAGGAAAAACAACUGCAGGAGGAAGCAGCGGUCCAGAUGUUGAACGUCUGUUGGCCGAGAUUGGUGAGGUUAAAGAAAUUCAUUUGAAGAAACAAAAAGAUCUGGAAAAGCUAGUUCGUAUAGAGUCAUGGAAGAUGUACAGAGAAAUGCUAAAGGAGGAUACUUCAACAAUGACAGAAGAAGAAUUGCAGGCCCAUCCGGGACUUCUUGUUGUGCUUAAACAAGAACUAAGUCUCAAAUGA